ACGGGCAUCACAAGCUCCCAGGCCGCUCCGGCCACUGCUCCCCCUCCCCGGCACAUGUGCUAUACUAACCCAUAGGACCAGACACUUCCAGUAUUAUUUUCGAGAGCCUCGUUUUGGCAGCGAGAGCACAUCUUCUUGAAAUCGAAAAGACACAAUCGCCUUGUUUCACCGCCAGCCGCCAUCUUCUCCCCCGCGCGUGUCAUAUUCUUCGCAACUCUACAGCACAAUGUCAUCGGCUCUGGCUAGGGUGAGCACACCCGCGAAGCAGGUCGCGACAGCCCCAACUGCCAAUAGUCCAGGCACAUGGAGACAUCCCCGACUCCACGAGAUCGCCAGGCGCCGCGAUGCCUCAAACUUCUCCGAGAAAAAUGUGCGGCGCAUUAUCUAUAACAUCAUUGCCUUGCUGUUGAUGUGGUGCCUCCAGCUGCUGGCCAAGUUCAAGCUCGACGCGCAAAUGUUCCCCAAGUCGUUUCGACAAUACUUUGGCUGGGCGUGGUUUCUCGUCCAGCUGGUGCCCUUUAUCCAGAUUGGCAUGGCAUGCCUGCCGCUUGUCCGCCCCAAGGACGAGCUCUCCGAUAUCCCGCUGACGGCUACGCAGCGGAAACUGCUGGGACUGAACCCGGCACUUGGCACAGCAACUCCCGACGCAAAAUUCAGCACCCCCCCGCGAUAUUCGCGAACGCCGUCCAUGGCUGGAUCUGUGGGGAGCAGAGCUAGUUACAACGGCUCUCCUCUCGAAGGACGAGGAAGCCCUGUCCCUUUUUCUCCAUCCCAGAGCUUUGCCGGCUCCGUCUCCCAAUUCUCCCCCAACCCCAUGGGGAGCCCUCUAUCGCAGAGUGUUAAUGGCAUGAGCCAUAGGACAUCUUCCUUUGGAUCACCAAGCGCCUUUAGCAGCUCCUUCAAUGGCGGCAACUUUGGCGCGAGCACCUCGUCAAAUGUCUUUUCUGAUCCCGCCUCACCAAGCCCGUCAGCAGGUAAGAGGACAAGCAUUGGGCUCAACAGCAAGUGGCUGUACGAGAAGGGAAGGAAAUCAACCUCCGGGAGCACUUGGGUUUACUGAUACAAAAGAGAUUGUCUUGGCUUUGGAAUUUCUGUAUCAAAUGGCACUUUUGGGGAGGGAGACGCUGCCGUCCCUCAGGGCUGGACGUAUCAAACAAAAGGGCGAGUGCCGUUUUGUGGGCCGGCGUGCCUGUAGGCAGCAUUGUAUAGACUGGUCCGUCUUUAUGAUAAACGUACGUAACAACAGGUAUUUGGUAAUGAAACAAUCUUUUUCACAGCUACAUGGCUGCAAAGCAUAGCG